AUGGCGCACGAUUACCGCUCACCACUCGACAACGCGGACAACUCGGACGAAGAGCUGGUAAAGUUCAAGAACCCGUACCUCAAAGGCACGAGAGAUCAGAGCAUCUGCACCAUCUGGCCGACCGACGCGCCUACAGACUACAUAAACAGCGCCAACACUUUCCUCGAAGCCGAAUACGCAAAUCCCGACUCGCCCGUUCAUCAAGACCCUCCUUUACCUACCCCACCAAACCCCGACGACAACUCUCUCAGGGCCCUCAAAACUGACGACGAUGUCUUCGACGCUGCUCGCAUAUGGCUCAAAUGUCCUCUCGAUCACGCCAUUGUGAUGAAAUAUCCUACUCAACUCGCACAACGCAAUGGGUGGGUAGGCUACAGUCGGGUGACACUUUACUAUGAGAAGUUCAUGGGGACACACCAACCGAGAUUGCUCAUGACUAUCAAGUGGCUGUGUCCAGAUACACUGGGUGGCAUCGUUGAAGGCGACACGAUCGAUCAGAAGUGGGUAGAUGAGCCCAAAGCCUACGAAUGUCCAUACGUUGCCCUUUGCGAUUACGAUAACCUCGUUCUUUUGAGGUUCGGGAACGUCUUGGGGAUUGAAGGAGUACGGGUUACCGCCGUUACAAGGGACUCUAUGCGUCUAGCGUUCUUGGAAUUCCUGCUUGAAGCCUUGAUCAAGAUGCGCGUCGCCAGUACUGUCCUCGCUCUUACCUCCGCCGCAUCAGGCUUCAUCCACCCGCGUCAAGCGUCCUACAACGAGACGAGCUCUACACCCAAUGUCGCGGCGGCACAAUACGAUGGAACCUGUUUCUACCCUGUCCCAGACUCCAAGUUCAACCUAGAUGCAUACCUCGGAACGUGGUAUCAAGUCGCUGGUACGCCAUUCGGUCCUACAGCCGGCGCGCGUUGCGUGAGCGCAAAUUACGAACUCAACGACAAUGGUACGGUGCGCGUCACGAACACCGCGACUGUCGGCCCACGAACUGUCGACAUCGUCGGCACAGCUACGCCCGUAGACUCUGCUUAUGGCGCCGGUGGUGCUUUCGUUGUCAGCUUCCCUGGCACGCCAUCAAUGGCAGAAUGCCCAGGACCCAACUACAUUGUGCAAGAUUACGCAGUGGAUUGGGCGAUUGUGCAGACGCAGAAGUGGAACACGCUGUACAUAUUGAGCAGGGUGCGACAACCAGCCGCUGAAAGCAUCGAUGCAUGGAUUGAUCGCGCUGUGGCUUUCGGAUCAAACGCAUCCUCGAUUAUGAAGUUCAACCAGACGAGCUGCGAGUAG